GAUCGAAUUCUAUUGGUCCCUUGUGCCUCGCCACGGAUUACUACCCCAUCUUCUCCGCUUCACUCAAUCUCUGCCGUUGGUUCAGAGAAGCAUCGACGCUCCAUAUAUUUCUAAUUCUGCCGAUAAAUUGCUUGCCCUAGAUGGUGACACCGUCAAGUCUCCUGAAACAGAAAACGGGCUUGAUUUCCUCUCUGCAUUGAGAUGGCACGAACCAAGCAAACUGCUCGCAAGUCCACCGGAGGGAAGGCGCCGAGGAAGCAGCUGGCCACCAAAGCGGCCAGGAAAUCGGCUCCUGCGACCGGGGGUGUGAAGAAACCCCAUAGGUUCAGGCCGGGAACGGUGGCGCUGCGGGAGAUCAGAAAGUAUCAGAAGAGCACGGAGCUUCUGAUCCGAAAGCUUCCGUUUCAGAGGCUGGUGAGAGAGAUUGCUCAGGAUUUCAAGACCGAUCUUCGAUUCCAGAGCAGUGCUGUGGCUGCAUUGCAGGAGGCGGCCGAGGCAUACUUGGUUGGGCUAUUUGAGGACACCAAUCUCUGUGCCAUUCAUGCGAAGAGGGUAACCAUCAUGCCUAAGGAUAUUCAACUCGCUCGUAGAAUUAGGGGUGAGAGGGCUUAGUCUUUCUGGAAUUGUUGCCAACAUGUCAUGUGCUACAUUUUAGUCCUGCUUUAGCUAAGCAUCUUAAGUACUUUCUACUCGCCUUCAAAGCCUCAGGCCAGAAUCCAUCCCAUGUAAUUGAAAUUUAAUCUAUAUAUUGAUUGGAUUAUCUCGUCUUUUCUUUA